AUGUGCGGCACAGAGCGUUUCUACUGCGACUCCCUCCGCCAGGCCGCCUGCCGGGGACUGCCCUUCUACUGCCCCUUCUACCAGGCAGCAGGAGCCCUGCUUGGUGUGAACCUGUGGCCAGCGGAGCCAGUGCCCCGAUUUGUGCUGUGCCCUGACUGGGCUUUCUGCGAGUUCCUGCCCUGCCCGGCCAGCGAGGAGCCACAGACGGUGCUGCUGGAUGAGCUCUGGGAGGGCCGUGAGUACGGGCUGGUUGUGACAGCCCAGCCAGGAGAGUACAGGUGCCGUACUGGGGAGGUGCUGAAGGUGACAGGCUUCCACAAGCAGUGUCCUGUGGUGGAGCCUGUGCGCAGGGAGAGCCAGACACUGAGUGUGAGAGGUGAGAGCAUCCCUGAGGAGCAGUUCUGCCAGAGCCUGUGCCGCACCCUCAGCCUGUGGCCGGGUGCUCGCCUGGUUGACUACGUCUGUGUGGAGAGCAGCCUGCUGGGUGACUCCUCAGGACCCUCUGCCCCCCACUAUGAGGUGUUCCUGGAGCUGCAGGGCCUGCGGGACCUGUCGGAGGUGCAGCGCUACAAGCUGGACCAGUGUCUCCAGGAGGAUUUCCCCAUCUACAAAUCCUUCCGCUUCAAGGGCAGCAUCGGGCCCCUGCGCCUGCACCUGGUGAGGCCCAGGAGCUUCACCCGGCUGCGGGAAGCACUGGGCUCCCCCGUGCCCAUGCCCAGGGUCCUGCGUGAGGAGCAGCUGCUGCAGCUCAUCCAGGGAGCAGUCAUCUCCUAGGGCAGCCGUGGGGCCCCACAGCCCUUCCUCCCUGGCAUGCACCCUCUGAGGAGGGGCCGUGUCCCUGGGGUGGGAGGGUGUGGGGACAAGGUGCUCAUCCCCAAGGGCUUGCCUGAGUGGAGCAAAUGGAGACAGUGAGCUUGACCAUGAUCCGUGGCAGCAGCUGGCACCACUCAGUGCUGCUGUGGAGGUGGAGCAGGAGCUUGGGAGCCUCAGGGGGCAGCUGCGAGACCCCCUCACUCAGUGCCUUGGCAGCACCUGCAGCCACAGUGUGGUGUGUGCCUUUCCCAAGGGACACCACAGCCCAUGGCUGAUGCUCAGUGGAAACCUGCAGCAGCAGGAGGAGCAGCAGAGCCGUGCCUCAUCACUGGGGCCCUGUGGCAUUUUGUCCCCUGGCAGGGACACUGCAGGCAGGGCUCAGGGGGCUGCUGGUGGCAGGUGUCACAGAGCAGCCCCACUGCAUGUUUGUUGGUUUAAGAGUAAGCUCCGGUGAGGGCUGCUUUUAAUGCUUUGGAAACCAAAUGCAAAAUAAAGGAGGAUUAUCUUUUUGAAAUAAAUAAAGGACCGCGCCCUGGGA